AUGCCUUUAUCCAAGCUGCAGGGUGUCAAGCUCCCUGCUUCGGCCGACUUCCACGUCCACCUUCGUGAUGGCCCAAUGAUGGAACUGGUGACUCCCACCAUCCGACAGGGUGGUGUCAACACUGUGUUUGUCAUGCCCAACCUGGUGCCGCCUAUCACGACCGUCGACCGAGCCCUCGAAUACAAGCAACGCCUGCAGGCCCUCGAGCCGAAUGUCAACUUCUUGAUGUCUCUUUACCUCCACGAGACCGUGACCCCCGAGACCAUCAUUGAAUCCAAGCAGCGUGGCAUCACUGGUGUCAAGAGCUACCCCGCCGGCGUGACAACCAACUCUUCCUCGGGCGUUGUCGAUUACACACAGUUCUACCCCGUUUUCGCUGAGAUGGAGCGUCAAGAAAUGAUCCUGAACCUGCACGGAGAGAGCCCUUCUGGAGGUGACGUGACCGUGUUGUCUGCAGAGGAGCGGUUCCUUCCUAAGCUCUUCGAGCUGCACGAGAAGUUCCCCAAGCUGCGCAUCAUUCUGGAGCACUGCACCACUGCCGCGGCUGUAGAGGCCGUCAAGAAGUGUGGCCCUACCGUCUCUGGCACAAUCACGGCUCACCAUCUGUCCAUCAUCAUCGACUCAUGGGCCGGUGACCCAUUCUGCUUCUGCAAGCCUGUUGCCAAGACACCGGCUGACCGCGACGCUCUCCUUCGUGCUGCUGCUUCUGGUAACCCCAAGUUCUUCUUCGGUUCCGACAGCGCGCCCCACCCCGCAGCCUCCAAGCGCGGCGGUGAGAAGAUCGCUGCUGGUGUCUUCACUCAGCCGUACACUACCCAGGUUGUGGUUGAUGCUUUCGAGCAGGCAGUCGACAACGGUGUCCUCAAGGAUGAAGACAUCACGCCAGAACUCGUUGAGGGUUUCAUGAGCAAGUUUGGACGCGCCUUCUAUGGCCUGCCAGAGGAGAAGAAGGAAUUCAUCACCAUCGAACGCAAGGGCGAGAAGAUCUCCGAGAUUCUGCAGUCCGACAAGAUCGACGUGGUUCCCUUCCGAAAGACUCAGGAGACAUGGAGUGUCUCUUGGUCUUAA